AAUGUCUACAGAGGGUUUGACUAAUGACUUCGUACGCGAAGAUCCCUGUGCAUUUUCGCACGAAACUGAUCUCCUUGACUUUUUGAACUCCUCGGACACCGAAGCUGACGAGUCUAAAGCGCUUAUCAGCUCACAACCAGAUCCCCAGUCGGAGGCGGAAUCUGCAAAUGAUGACUCACCUGCGAUUACUUUAUCCAUAACCAACGUCGUUGUCAUGGCAAGUAUGCAGUGUCAUCUUCGGUUGAAGGAAAUCGCCCGUUCCAGUGUCGACGUUGAGUAUAAAGCCCUACAGAAUCACGUUAUCAUGCGUCUGCGAUCGCCGUACACGGUUGCAACUAUCUGGUCGAGCGGUAAAAUUUGGUGUACCGGAGCCAAUUCGUGAGUUCAAUGCUGACUGCUUGUUCUUUUCUAUCUUAUAGCAUCUACUCAUAUUCACUACUUGACAAUUCCUCUUAAAGUCCAAUGGCUCAUUUCGGCCUUAGCUCUCAAAAAUAAGGGGAUACCUGUGAGCUGAUUUGUCGCGUUUUUGGCAUCCACGUUUGCCCCAUUGCUCGCACUUCCGACCUCGCCACUGUCUUGUACACUAAAAUGACAUUUCUCUUCAUCACGGGUAUCGCCCGUCCAACUGUGUAAAAUAUGCGAUAUUCUUUUUGCUUUAUGUGACACUCAUUUCAAUCUUCAGUGCACGAAAUCGUAUGUUUUGAUUCCAGCAGCACUUCUUAGUCUCGUAACCAGCCAGUAAAAACCCUUCGUCCUAUGGGAGCUUCCAAUUUCUUAUUAUCUCAGUGAUUUUUGUUUUCGUAGACUGUUCACGUGUGUUCACGGUGAUAUGGUUUUAUUGCCUGCCAUGGUUACUGUAGUUUGGACCUGGGUUACUUAUGCGUUCACCAAUGACAUUCCGGUGAAGGUUUUCUGGCAGUGGGUACUAGAUUAACCACAUGCCCUUCGGAUUACUUCAAUCUGUUGCUAUGUUAGAUCUGCACACGAAUUAAGGAUAACGCAUUUUAUUUUGGGUCCUAGCGGCUCAUUCGGACUACCUGACUGGAUUUUUCUCGAGUUAGCGCUUUUCUACCAAACCGUCCCUUGAACAUUUCAGGACACUCCUCUUAUUUCGACCAACAAUCGUCACAAACAUGGGCGACUGCGUUUUCAACCUUGUGUAAACGCUUCAUCUCUAAUUCUCGCGGGGCGCCUUGACUUCGUAAACUUUCACUUCACCAUCACUGAAAGGAUUUCAUGUACACGUUAUGGCUUGCGGUCGUUUAUGCUAUUCUGAACCGUGCUCACUUUUUGGAGACAUCCUUGAAUCUCUCCGUGUUUCUUACUCUCCGUUAUGAUCAUGCUUUUUCUACCAUUCCCCCUCAUUUCCAGCCUCACCAAGGCGAAGGUUGGAGCUAGACGCAUCGCAAGGCGCAUCGCCAAAUGUGGAUUUCCUUGCAAAUUCAGUAAAUACCGUGUGGUGAACAUAAUGGCAACGUGUCAUCUUCCCUUCCGAGUGAGGUUAGAGGAGCUCGUCAAGGAAAAUCCAUCGUUAAUGAGCUAUGAGCCCGAGCUUUCUCCCGGAUUAACCUUUAAAACGGACCCAAACUCUAGCACUUUGUUGAAACUGUUCUCCACCGGGCGCAUCGUUCUUAUGGGCUCUAGCAUGGAUUCUAUCAGUGCGUUAGUCGAAGCAUUGAUUCCGUUGGCUUCCCUUCAUCAAACCGACGAGCCGUUAUCGGAAUCGGAAGAUGAAGAUGAAAAAAUAGCCAAAGUAGCGACUCGCGAAGAAGCAGCUGUCGCUCGUCAACUGUUACAAUUACCUUCAGAUGGGUUGUUGGAUACCUUCGAUUAUUAUUUGCACGGUGAUUAUGGCGAAAGCGAUGAUAGUGAUGAUGCCUACGGCCUUACCUACAACCAUGGUUAUUCCACAGAUGAUUCAACGGAUAGUGGUGCAUCCAUCGAUAGUGGGGGGAUGAGCACAAAGCCGAGAGUGCGCAGUAAGCGUGGCCGUCCUCGGGGCUUGCGUAUGCAGCGUGAUCCUCUAACCUCGUUCAGUCACCCUCCUCCUGCUCCCAACGCUUCGGUUGAUCCCAAUCAUGCAGUUGAGCACAUUGCUUCUUCGCUUCAUUUUGCCACAUCGAAUUCAAGCUUUCAAAACGCCGUUUACAGUAACACGCAGAAUGUGCCGUCUAAUGUCCAGUGUGCAUCUGCGGAUCCCACAUGGAGUCGGAAAGCUGUCGCUUCCGGUGCCACAAAACGAGCACGUGUCAUAACCUAUUCGGGUACCGAAGAUAUUGAUGAAAAUACUCCAAAUACACGGCCAACUAACUACGUGCCAACACAGACAAGCAAUCAAAGUGUACAAAUACUCCCUUCCACAUCCACCGUUUCACCCAUCGUUGUGUUCACUUCAUCGAGUCUUCCACAAAAUAUUUCCAAUUCUACUGCUCAGCAACCCCAACAGCCUCAGUUCGUAGUUGUCAGUGCCACACAACCGAUGACUCAGUCUGUCACAUCACAAUUAGGAACUCUUCAAUCAUCUGUUCCUACGAACGCAACCUCGGUGCUUCGAUUCGCCUCCGGUCACGUCACUGCCUUCAGUCAGCAAAACGGAAUGACACCUGCAAUGUACCCCGUCCGACUUACCGCGCCCUCAAUGCACCUGACCAGCGUGCAUUCUUCAAUUGGUCCCAAGUACGUCAGCAUGAACCCAGUUGCCCAAAAUGUCUCCGGUGCCACCACUAUUGUCAACGUCACCAAUCCGACCUAUCAGUUCAUUCAACCAAGCACUAUGCUGAUGACGCCCACCUUGUAUGCUGCCCCCACAUCAUCCAUCACCUGUCAACCUUCGCAUCUACAAAUAACCACCAACCCAUCCACGUUUGUUUCCGGAUCCCCGGGGAUGUUUGUCACUCAGUUUCCACACACACUGUCUCCUUUACAUUCGACCAAUCUGCAGUCGUUUUCUAUGGUCCCCACUUCAGUUGUGCACAGUUUUGUGGGACAGCCUCCCACUAAGCUCAGUUGACCGUUGACAUGUGUUUCAACCCGACAUCUUCACAAUCGCUAGUACUCUGCCCAACGUUUACCAUCUUAUUCCUCGUUCUUGCUCUGCGAACAGCUGUCUUGGUGAAGCGCUCCUGCUUUCAUUAGUUGGGAAUCCGUUAGUCUCUUCUGUCCCUCACCACCUCUCUUUCUACAUCAUCUUCUCUAACGUGCAAUCCCUUUGCUCUUCUGCUUUUUACUUUGUUCGUUUACAUUCUUCCUUCCACUGGCGGUCAUUAUCAAAUCGAUUGCCAUUUGUUAAUAAUUUGUGUGCAUUUAAAAUGUCUAUCUACCAAACAAAACAUGUCGUCUUUCUGCUCAAUUAAUGCUUACUUCAUCUCAUUCUCCGUCGACUAAAGCUCCACACCUACCUCUGGGAUAUCUUUCAAACCCAUCCACUUGUUGUGAGACCCAAUAGCAAUACAUUCGAUUGUUUUUCGUGCCCGCGACGCUCCUACUCAUGUUGUAUAUUUGCCCGCAUCACAUCUAUCUUUCGUCCGACCGCACGCGGCGUUGUUGCCUCUGUUUUUCUUUCUCGCAUCGCUUCCCUCUUGUCCUAAUUUUGUAUAGAAUGAUGGUUUUUAUUGUUCUGGUUUCUAGACUUUAACGAGUAAUAUAACACGGGCAACGCAUGCUU